CCGGUCUCUCUACGCUCUCCUUCCAUCGCCUUAGCCCCCUCUCCCUCCGUCCCGUUCUCUCCGCUCCCCUCACCCCGCCUCUCUCCCCCUCCCCCAGCCCCUCCUCUCCUCACCCCACCCUGCCUCCCUCCCUCCCUCCGCCCGCCGGCCCGGCGCUCGCAGAGCCGACACCAGGGGGGCUCUCGAUGUAGCACCAUGACAGGCAUCGCCGCCGCCUCCUUCUUCUCCAAUACCUGCCGAUUCGGGGGCUGCGGACUCCACUUCCCCACCCUGGCCGACCUCAUCGAGCACAUCGAGGACAACCACAUCGAUACAGAUCCACGUGUUUUAGAAAAACAAGAAUUACAGCAGCCAACCUAUGUUGCCCUCAGUUACAUUAAUAGAUUCAUGACAGAUGCUGCCCGCCGAGAGCAGGAGUCCCUGAAGAAGAAGAUUCAGCCGAAGCUCUCGCUGACCUUGUCCAGCUCGGUGUCUCGAGGGAAUGUGUCCACUCCACCACGCCACAGCAGUGGAAGCCUUACCCCUCCUGUGACCCCGCCCAUCACCCCCUCCUCUUCGUUCCGCAGCAGCACCCCAACGGGCAGCGAGUACGACGAGGAGGAGGUCGACUACGAGGAGUCGGACAGCGAUGAGUCCUGGACCACAGAGAGCGCCAUAAGCUCCGAAGCCAUCCUUAGCUCCAUGUGCAUGAACGGAGGGGAAGAGAAGCCUUUUGCCUGCCCGGUUCCUGGAUGUAAAAAGAGAUACAAGAAUGUGAAUGGCAUAAAGUACCACGCUAAGAAUGGUCACAGAACACAGAUCCGCGUCCGCAAACCAUUCAAAUGUCGUUGUGGUAAGAGUUACAAGACAGCUCAGGGCCUGCGGCACCACACAAUCAAUUUCCACCCCCCGGUGUCGGCUGAGAUUAUCAGGAAGAUGCAGCAAUAACAUGCUGGUCCCCAACUGUGCCAAGAAACCCUCACCAGCAGUUGCUGAUUUUGAAAACAGCCACCUUUUUGCAGGGGAAGCAUUCAGCAACCCUUUAAAGAAUUAAAUGCAUGCUUUAAAACUUUUCUGUAA